UGAAAAAAAUGAUAAUGCAUCAUCAAUACCCGAUCAAAUGGUUGAUGAAAAUUUAUCAAAAAUUACCGAAACAAUCAAUGAUGAUGAUGAUAAAAAAGAAACUUUAAACGAAUCUAAAAAUAAAUCAACAACAACAGAACAACCGAAUGAAAUAAAAGAUUCAAAUUAUUUAGAUUCGAAUGAAGAAAAACUUCAAGAAAUGAUUGAUAAUUCAACGAAAAGAGUUUCAGCCAAAGCAAAUGUUCCUGAUUUGAAUCAUGAUCGCCUAAACGAAUUGAUAAAUGGUUGGCUUGAUGAUGGUGAUCUAAUACGUUUAGAACAUGUUGUUAUUGCUGGACAAGGAAAUCGUUUAUUAAAUAUAAAAUCGGAUAAUAAACAAGUACAAGAUUUUCUUAAUUUAGUACCACAUUAUAUGGAAAAGAUUAAAAAAAUUCAUGAAUCAAUUGUAAAAGGUGAUUUUGUUCAAAUACAAAAAACAUUAACUCGUAAAAGAUUUGCAUUAUGUCGUGAUCAAUAUGGUAAUUCACCAUUACAUUUGGCCGUUUUACAUGGACAUAUUGAUAUUUUGCUUUAUAUUAUUACACAAUUUCCCGAAACAAUUGAUGGUCCAGAUAAUGAUGGACGAACACCAUUCCAUUAUUCGGCAGUUUUGCCCGAUAAGCAUAUAUAUCAAAUUCUUGAAACGGCUGGUGCAAAUAAAAAACAAAAUGAUAGAUAUGGUUUUACUCCGGUUGACUAUUUAACUAAUGGAAAAUUGACGAUUCGCGAUUUGCUCAUCAAAUAUAGUAGUGAUAAUAAUGAUAAAAAAAAUGAAGCUGAUCUUUGGGAACGGCCACCAACAUCAGAAAUCGUGUCACAACUAACUCCCGAGAGUGGUUCGGUUCCAUCUUCAGCCGAUGGUGAUGAUACAAAACAACAAAGACCAUCAUCAACCAGUAUUGAUAUGAAUGAACAAAAAUUAUCAAUGUCGGAACAAUCAACAAUGAUCAUCAAUGAUAAUUUAAAUGGAAAAGAAGUUCAAGUUCUUCAAAUUGAACCAAGACAAAUGUUUGAUAAUGAUGAAAAUGUACAAGGAAACCACGAAACCGAAUCACAGACAAUUAUAAAUGGUAAUGAUUUGGGAUUGGAAUCAAAUAAACUGGACAAUACUGUUUCCGAUAAUAAUAAUAAUAAUAAUAAUGUUGAUAAUACAAUAAUUGAAUCAACCGAUAAUAAUACGAAACCAAUAUUGAAACGAAUGGAAACAUUUGAUACCAAUAAUAAUAAUAAUGAUAGUAAAAUAUCGAAUGAAUCCAAAUCACCAAUGGUUGAUGAUCAUAUAUUCGAAACAUUAAAACAUGAAUUUAAUCAAACACUACAAAAUGAAAAACUUCGUCUGCGAGAAAGUAUUGAUCAAGAAAUUGAAAAUUCGGAUGUUAUAAAAAAAGGACAAAAUGGUAGCGUUAUUGAUAGUAUACAGAAUGCUCAAACAACAAAAUUAAAAAUUUCAUCCAAUGGUUUAUCAACAUUUGGUUAUGAUCUUACACAAAUUAAAGAUGAACAUGGACGUACUGUAUUACAUUUAGCUGCAGCUAAAGAUCAAAAACGUAACAUAUUUUAUAAAAUGUUACAACAAGCCAAAUAUCUUGUUCCUGAACUUGAUUCAAAAUAUCGUACGAUAAGAGAAAUUGCCGUACAAAAUGGAAUCAAAAAUAAUCUACAAAUUAUUGAUCAAUUUAUUAUUGAUUGUUUUCUUAAUGAAGAUAGUGAUUAUUUAAAAUUAUUAUUAUUAGAAGGUUAUUCAACAUUAUUGACUGUUGUUGAUUCUGAAGGAAAUGAUAUAAUAUCAUUAUUGAAUAGAAAUAAUAUUGUUUCAAUGCAAACAUUUGUUCAUGAAGCGGCUGAAUUACAGAGAAUGAGAGAUGAAUUACAUACAUUUAUUCGUAAUGGCUAUUUGGAAGGCGUCGUCGGUUUAGUUGAUAUUAAUGCGCAAUUAGUUAUUGCUAAAAGUAAUCAUGGUCGUACUUCAUUACAUUUGGCUGUUUUAUUUGGUAAUCUAGAUAUUAUUGAAAUAUUGAUCAAAGCAAAUCAUCAAGUUAUCAAUAUGCCUGAUAAUUUGGGACGAACACCAUUACAUUAUGCAAUGGCAAUGAGCAAAAUGGAAGAAAUGGGACGUAUUCUUAUACAUUCAGGUGCUGAAAAAGUUAUACGAGAUGUUCGAAUGAGAAUACCAAGCUAUUAUUUUGUUUAUAAACAAGAAAUUCGUGAUAUUAAACGUGAAGAGCAGAAUUUAGCCAUUUAAAAUGUGCUGUUUGACGAAA